AUGAACAUCGACAUGGACGAAUAUCUGGAUCAGCACGAGAUCGAUCCUCAAUCGACACAGGGACCUUCAAACAACAUGCACGAUGUCUUUCAGAACAGAUUCGAGCUCGACCCCUUCAGCUUCCACCAUAGCCAUGACGACAACCAGGGUCUCAAUGUGUUCAGCAACAACAACGGCAGCGGCAAUGGCGGCCAGGGCAGUCUCUCCUAUUUGGGCAACGAGGAACAACAACACUUCUUCGAUUCUUCUGGUCUUGAUGGCCAUUUCUCGGCCCCAAACUCGCAACACGGCCACGAUCAGCACCAGCUCGCCAAUUCUUCCAGCUUCGACAGUCACUACUCUCACCAAGGCGCACAGCACGACCAAGACCCCACUACCGGCCAGGUCGAGAAUACUGCAGACUCGCUCGAGCAUGACAAUACCGUUCUUGAAGAGGAGGAGGUAGAUGUCGACCAACUCGCACUGAUGGCCUUGAUCUAUGAACUCGAAAUGAGAGGCAUCCAGGGGGAUGCAAUGAUACAGCAUCUCACGAAGGCACGUAAGGCCCGAAUCUACUAUGGCCUGCCUGUGCCACCACCACUUCCCAGCAAGAAAAAGAUUAGCAAGGACGGGAAGAAUACUACCGAUGAUCUUGGACAGGUCUCCGAGAAGGACAUCAAGAUGUGGAACACCCUCACCUACACCAGACCCGGACGCGACGAUCAGUCUGAUGGCACGCCCGGCACUAUGCUGCCAGAGUAUACCCCUGUAAUGAUUCGACCCGACCUAUCAUACUAUGACUACGCUGCAGAAUCCACGAUGAACAUGCCGCCAUGGCCUGAGACUCCUGCUCCUAAGGCACCUCGGGCACCAAAGACUGCGAGUGCUCCAAGCAAGAAGAAGGGCAAGCAAACCGUCAAACAGGAUGCCGACAAGGAAGAGAGCGCUCCCGCUGCCUCGACCGAGAAGAAGGGCAGAUCCUCCAAGAAGGCUGUCAAGGCAGAGCAAGAUGGCGAUGCUACUUAUAGCGAGAAGCCGACUCGCAAGGCUCAGAGUACGCCUGCAGCAUCCAAGAGAAAGACAGCCGCAAAACCCACUACCAAGGCCACACCCUCCAAGCCCAGAGGAGUGACCAAGUCUAAGAAGACACCCGCGACUCUCGACAAGAAGAUGUCGGGAUUGUCGGUGCAUUCAUCCGCAGCCCUCGAACAAGCUGCAACCCCAUCGAAGAAGCCAGGAGCUCCCAAGAAGAAGGCUAAGAUCAAUACUGCUCCUGUGCUCGAGGAGCCAGCCGCCUCAGAGGCUAUUCCAGUCGCUAUCAACAAUGCAGAGCAAUCUGCUCAGAGUUAUGGUAGAGUCAGCAGAGAAGCCCCCGGCAUGCCGGCCCAGUCGUUCGAAGAUAUGCUCGCAGACCUCCCUGCCGAAAACUUCCAAUUGGGUAGACAUCAAGCCAGCCAGAGCUUCGGUUCACAGUCCACUAUGUCGACAAUCCCCAGUCAGUCGAUGCUCGACAAUUCUGCUCAGUUCAUGCCCAACAACUUCCACGUGCCGAUGCAGAACGGCUACUCAGCCCACAACUACCACAGCAAUGGCUACGGCCAUCAUAUGGUGCCCAAUCACAACUCGUUCUUUGCUCACGGACAUGGCGCAUCGGCUAUGGUUCCUGGAGGAAAGGAACAAGACAUGCAGCAAUUCGGACUGCAAGGACAGGGAGGCUACCUCAUGCAGCAGCACAACACCAACAACGGCUACGACUACAGUAACGUCCACAAUUAUGGUCCUGGACCUCACGGCUUGGGCAUCAUGCAUGACGGCACUCUUCUGCCCAGAGAGCCUAUCCAGCUCGACCCUGAGUUGAGCAACUACAGCUUCGAUAGCGGUCCUGCCAACAACAUGACUGCUCAGCAGCAGCUCUUCUCGAAUGACGAUUUCCAGAUGCAGACCAACAACAACGACAUCAAGCCUGACAUGGACCAGCACAUGGGAAAUUUCACCGACAUGUCCGGUUUCGAGGAUGGCAGCAACAUCUUCAACGACGUCGAGCAAACCACCCUUUACCACUGA